CAUGCAUUAGUAUUUGACAGAUCACGUGGGAUUUCAGACAUGGUGUCAAAGAGAAAGAUGCUCAGUAUGCUUUGACAUUUCAUCAUGAAUAGACUUACUAACGAGCAACGCUUGCAAAUCAUUGAUUUUUAUUACCAAAAUCAGUGUUCGGUUCGAAAUGUGUUUCGCGCUUUACGUCCGAUUUAUGGUCUACAUAAUCGACCAAGUGAGCAAACAAUUAAUGCGAUUGUGACCAAGUUUCGCACUCAGUUUACUUUAUUGGACAUUAAACCAACCACACGAAUGCGUACAGUGCGUACAGAAGAGAAUAUUGCGUCUGUUUCUGAGAGUGUGGCUGAAGACCGUGAAAUGUCGAUUCGUCGCCGUUCGCAGCAAUUGGGUUUGUGUUAUUCGACCACAUGGAAGAUUUUACGCAAAGAUCUUGGUGUAAAACCGUAUAAAAUACAGCUCGUGCAAGAACUGAAGCCGAACGAUCUGCCACAACGUCGAAUUUUCAGUGAAUGGGCCCUAGAAAAGUUGGCAGAAAAUCCGCUUUUUUAUCGACAAAUUUUGUUCAGCGAUGAGGCUCAUUUCUGGUUGAAUGGCUACGUAAAUAAGCAAAAUUGCCGCAUUUGGGGUGAAGAGCAACCAGAAGCCGUUCAAGAACUGCCCAUGCAUCCCGAAAAAUGCACUGUUUGGUGUGGUUUGUACGCUGGUGGAAUCAUUGGACCGUAUUUUUUCAAAGAUGCUGUUGGACGCAACGUUACGGUGAAUGGCGAUCGCUAUCGUUCGAUGCUAACAAACUUUUUGUUGCCAAAAAUGGAAGAACUGAACUUGGUUGACAUGUGGUUUCAACAAGAUGGCGCUACAUGCCACACAGCUCGCGAUUCUAUGGCCAUUUUGAGGGAAAACUUCGGACAACAAUUCAUCUCAAGAAAUGGACCCGUAAGUUGGCCACCAAGAUCAUGCGAUUUAACGCCUUUAGACUAUUUUUUGUGGGGCUACGUCAAGUCUAAAGUCUACAGAAAUAAGCCAGCAACUAUUCCAGCUUUGGAAGACAACAUUUCCGAAGAAAUUCGGGCUAUUCCGGCCGAAAUGCUCGAAAAAGUUGCCCAAAAUUGGACUUUCCGAAUGGACCACCUAAGACGCAGCCGCGGUCAACAUUUAAAUGAAAUUAUCUUCAAAAAGUAAAUGUCAUGAACCAAUCUAACGUUUCAAAUAAAGAACCGAUGAGAUUUUGCAAAUUUUAUGCGUUUUUUUUUUAAAAAAAUUAUCAAGCUCUUAAAAAAUCACCCUUUACAUACGAGCGGUCGCUCUUUAGAACGCUGCCAUUCAAAAAUUAUUCAAGAUACGACCUUGCCGAUUAUCGAAAAAGAAAAAAACAAAUCGAUUUUUUGAA